AUGGCCUCCUCCCUUGCCCCAAAACCACGGCCACGGCCAGCCCAUACAACGGGCACAACUCGCCUCGCCUACACCUCCUCCGGCGCGCGCCUCGUCACUGUCGGCUCCAACAACACAAUCCGCCUAUAUCGCACUCAUCAUGACGGCGAGCCGUACAACAUCGACGAGUGCCCCGAGCAGAACUUUGCGGUUGCGGCGGCCGAUGAUUUCUUCGUGGUCGGGUCGGAGGACGGCACGGUCAGCGUCUACAGCGUGGAAAAUACGUCCUUCGAGCGAUAUCUGGUCCGCACGUCGCUUCCUGUGCGAGAUGUUGCGCUGUCGUCUGACGGGAAGUUGUGCGCCGUGGCAAGUGACGAGUUGACUGUCAAAGUUGUCGACGCGCAAGACAAUUCGCAGAUGCGCACAUUGAAGGAGCAUGGACGGCCAACGAAACAUCUUGCCUUUGACCCCAAGGGUGGAUUGCUUGCGCUGGCGUGUACGGACGGGGUCAUCUACGUCUACUCCUUGACGGCGGACCAACCUGAGCUGAUUCGCAAAGUGGAGGGCGUUAUUGGGCCCCUGGACUCGGAUUCAGAGACGUCGGCCAAGAUUGCAUGGCAUCCCGAUGGCAGAGCGUUCGCAGUGCCCACACCGAUGCAUGAUGUGCAGGUGAUAUCCAAGAACGACUGGGAGAAGCAGAGGGCGUUUCCGAACGGUCACUUGGGAGACAUCACAGCGCUUGCGUGGUCUCCGAACGGUGCCUUGCUAGCUACUGCGGGCAAGGACGGGAAGAUCCUGAUCUGGGAGACCAAAACGCAGAGCGUGGUCCAAAAGUUUGACUACAGCAAUGUCAUUGACAUUGCCUGGCACCCCAAGGACAACCUCUUGUCAUUUACGACGUCUGACGGCGAGGUUUACAUCUACCCAAACCUCAUCUCUGAGCAGUUCGAAGGGCUUCUGAAGCUGCCGCGUCAGCCUGCGCCAUUCAUUCAUGACCCCUUGCUCGAGAUCUCCAACAAUGCCAGGAGGCCAGAGGCGAACGGCGCCAAAGCGGGUAUCCCUUCGCGCCCGCGGCGUGACUCGCUGGGCAGCUUGGAUUCAUUCUUGAACGGAGCAGACGGGUACGACGAUGGCGACGACUUCGUCGUUGACGAUGACGGUGCCGGCUACGCUUCAGGGAAAAAACGAGCGCACGACGGCGGCGAUGAUGGCGAGCAUGCAAGCAAGCGCCGCCUUAUGGAGCCUAAGUUCCAUGAAGCUUUCCAGCCCGGGUCAACACCCUGGCGCGGCAACCGCAAGUACCUCUGUCUGAACUUGAUCGGCGUCGUUUGGACAGUCGACCAGGACGGCCACAAUACUGUUACGGUUGAGUUCUACGAUCACGAGCUCCACCGUGACUUCCACUUUACAGACACGUACCUUUAUGACAAGGCAUGUCUGACAGAGCACGGCGCACUAUUCUCUUGUCCCCCUCGCGACGACUCCCCGGCGACAAUCUUCUAUCGGCCUCACGAGACAUGGACGCAACGAACUGACUGGCGCACGCAGCUUCCCAAGGGAGAAGCCGUCGUUGCCAUGUCGCUGAGUGACUCAUUCAUCACCGUCACCACCACCGCCAACUACGUCCGCAUCUACACCCUCUUUGGCGUUCCAUACCGGGUUUACCGCCCCAAGAGCACCCCCAUGGUCACCUGCGCAAGCUGGCGAGACUACGUCAUUACCAUGGGCAAUGGCGCCGUCGGGGCCGAUGGUAACGCCCGUCUCCUUUACACGAUUGAAAACGUCAAGCGGGAUGAGAUCUGCCAAAACGAAGACACAGUCGCACUACCCGAUGGCGCGACAUUGCAGAGCGUCUUCUUCUCGGACAAUGGCGAUCCUUGCAUUUAUGACUCGACAGGUACGCUUCUGACGCUGCUUCACUGGCGAAAGCCAUCUCGCGCCUGCUGGGUUCCCCUCCUCGAUACAAAGCUUCUCCCGCGUCUGGCGUCUGGGCGAAAGACGGAGACGUACUGGCCCAUCGCCGUGGCCGACAACAGAUUCCACUGUAUAAUCCUCAAGGGCGGGGAUCAAUACCCUUACUUUCCCCGGCCCCUGCUCUCCGAAUUCGAGUUCUCCGUGCCCGUUAGCUCCGUCCCGCUUCCGGCGCCGGACACAGACUCCGCUGAUCAACAGGACGAGGAUGAGGAUCAAUCCCGCCGCGAGUCACGCAAAUUGGAGCAGAAGCUCCUUCUCUCUGGCGUACAGACUGCUCAGUUGCGCGAUCUGAUCGACCAUACCGACUCAACGCUGUCGCAGCGAGCCGGCUUGGCACGCCUCGAGCUCGAAUUUGAUAAGACGCUGCUCCAGAUGCUGGCCAUCGAGUGCCGAGAGGGUGAGGAGCGAGGCAUGCGCGCGCUCGAGAUGGUGGGGCUUAUGCGUGAUCGGACGGGCCGCAUGAUCGAGGCCGCGGGCAAGGUUGCGGAGCGGUACGGGCGGUCGAUCCUGGGAGACAAGAUCCGCGAGAUCGGAGAGCGGAGGGUUGGCGGCAUGGACCUUGACGACGAGCUUUAG